CACCCGAUUACUUCAAGACCAAUUCUCAAAAGACAUCACUAAAGCAUAGAGAGAAGAAUAGACAUGUCUCGAAAACCAAAACAGGGCUCAUCCUCCCGCUCACGAUCACUCACACCGACUGCGGUAGAGAUAGACAAUGAUUCCGUAUUGAUACCUUUAUGCACACAAUCCACACAUUCAACGUCGUCACUCUCGCUCGCCGACCGUGUGCUCCCUCCUCGCCAUCCACCAAGACUUCGAGUGCACAGGGCAUGGAUAUGGAGCAAGUCCGUCAUAUACAAUAGCCGGGGAUUACUACUUGUCCUACUCUCGCAAUUCUUUGGCUCCACAAUGAGUCUUUGCACUAGGGUGCUGGAAGCUUCAUUCCCGGAGCAGAAAAUGCAUGCUAUGCAGAUAUUAUUUUUCAGGCAGAGUGUCACGACGGUUGUUGUUGGUAUAUUAAUAGUUUCCCGGAGUGUGGAGCAUGCGCCGUGGGGUCCAUUGGGGGUAAGGUGGUUGCUGCUCGCGAGAGGUUUUGGGGGAUUUUUCGGAGUGUUUGGGUUAUACUAUUCACUAGCAUACCUCGACCUCUCAGAUGCGGCGGUGAUUACCUUCCUAGAACCCAUUGUAACCACGUUGGCCUGCUCGCUGAUCCCCUACCUGAAUGAGUCAUUCACCAAAACUGAGUUCCUCGCAUCUAUAUUCUCCCUCUUUGGUGUUGUCCUAAUCGCCCGCCCCACUUCCCUCUUCUCCCGAGACCCUACGGAUUCUCCAGAUGAUCCCAGUACCGUCCAUUCCCCGCCGACCCCACGCUCACUCCUCCUUGCUCGAGAAAUUCCCACAGUGACCCCUCACCAACGCCUAAUCGCAGUCCUGGUAGCCCUCUUCGGCGUUCUCGGCAUCUCAACUGCCUUCACGACUAUUCGCUGGAUAGGUCACCGUGCACACGCUCUGAUAGUAAUGAUCUACUUCUCACUCUGGUGCUGCAUCAUCUCCCUCACAUCCUCACUCCUCAUACCUUCAAUUGGGGGGCUAAUCUGGCCGCAUACGCUGCUUCAAUGGGCACUUCUCCUAGGUGUCGGUAUUAGCGGGUUUGGGACACAGUACUUUCUCACUCUGGGAUUACAGGUCGAGAAAGCUGGUCGUGCUACUAACAUGGUUUACACGCAGAUGCUUUUUGCACUGGUGUGGGAGCGGAUUGUCUGGGGGACAACGCCUGGGUGGGGGAGUUUGGUGGGGAGCGGGUGUAUUUUGGGGAGCGUGCUUUGGGUGGGGUUGAAAAAGGCGGAGAAGCUUGAGGUGGCGAAGGAGAGGGCAGUAGAUGAGGAGGUAGGGUUGAUGAGUAGGGGAACAGAAGGAGAAGAGGGCGAGGGUGAUGAAUGGAUGGAAAUGGAGGAUAGGGUGGAUGUUUGGGGGUUGGAUGGAGAUGAGGAUAGGGAAGAUGAAGAGGACGAGAGUGAGGAUGAGAGUGGAGAAAGUGGGAAUAUUGCAUGAUGCACAGUUUUCCAGUUUUUAUCGCAUAGGGAUUGGAUAUGGGAUAUCGGUAUGGGUCAAUUGGGCGCCCAUUAUGUAUAUGUGUGUGUAGGCUAGAUUAGUUAUACGCGGAUGAUAGCGUGGUAUAACGAGUUCCAUGAUUGCUAGAG